AUUCCUCCUCAUACUUCAUGCAGAAAUUGAGGAGAUGUCUUCAAAAGGAACAAUGAGUGUGGUAGGAAGUGAGGUGAUGCCCCUCGAGUAUGGCGGCAUGGACUCAGAGAGUAGUCCGUCUCCAUCUAGUUCAGAAAGGACAGUGGAGGAAAGAAGGGUGCGAGGGGUAGUGGAAGAGGAGGAGGAAGAAAUUCCCUCGAAUAUUAUAGAGGUUGAGGGUAAUGUAGAUAGGUGUUACGACCUAGAGUUAGACAUAGUGUCUGAGGUGAGGCAGUAUAGGAGUGAAUUGGGUAGCAGGGGUAGCCUUAGGGGCCUCGUAGGGCUUAGGUUUCCCAUUCCAGAGUUAAUGGUUGGGGCUGUGGGUAAGAGUGAGAAAGGGUGGUAUUACUUCGGACCUCGGACGUCCAACAAAGAGAAUAGGAGUUUAUUCACUGCUGGACCGUCAUCCAUUAUAGAAUGGAAAGAAAAAUUCUUCUUUGUGGAUGACACCGAGUGGAGUAGGAGGGAUGCCGAAAUGGAACACUUGUCUGCUUGGAAAGCUAAGAAAACCAAGCAAAACAAUUAUAAGUUAAAUGAGGAUGAGGUGGAAAAGGUUGAGAAGCUGGUGAGGGAAGAAGGGGGGUUAGUGGAUAUCAUGUACCUCACCAGUGCGAAGGCGAUAGAGGCUACCGAGCUCUAUGGGCCAAGCUCAUUGAGCGAAGUUGAGAUGGAGGGUUUUCUAAACGUUGCUAGGGGGCUGGCUAUCCCAAAGAAGCCAAGGAAGAAGUCAAAGACUUUAAAUCAAAGGCCAGAGCCUAUAAGGAGGAGUAGCGAAGAAGUGAGUGAGGAGGUGGCGCCACUUCAGAGGAAGAAGAGGAAGGUGGUGGAGCCAAAAGUUAGGGGGGAUGAAGUGGUGGAAUUCGUACCUCGGCCUUCUCCUGCUGAAGUUGAUCUUGAAGUCAGGGAGAGGGAGAAGGCCGAGGUGCGAGGCCAUGGUAAAGGUAAGGAACUCGUCCCUCCUCCUUCGUUCCAGAAGAGUUUGUUUGAGGUAACAAACAUCACUGGGGCGAAGAGGUUUCUCAACGCAACUCUUCCUAAGGUGGAUAGGAGGCAGGCAAGGGAAGAGGCGGUGAGUCAACUAGGGGCUCGCGUUGUGAGGCACACCUUGGAGGUAAACGCUCUGGCGCAGGAGUAUGCGGAGAGCAUGAGAGACUAUGCCAGCUUGCAGAGGCAAGAUACCUUGAGCACGAGACUUAUCUUCGAAGAACGUAAGAGGAAGAUCUACGAAGACAAGCUCAAGGCUCAAGACAAAUACAUUGAGAACAUGAAUAAAGGAGUAGCGGAACUGAAGAAGAACGUGAAUCUACUGGUUCACAACGAAAUAAAGGAGCACAUUAGCAACUUCCUCAACUCCAGCACUUUUGAGAGCAUCAUCAACCUCUACCGACUGCCGACCGCAAUUUUAGUGUUCACCGACUGUAGAAAGAAGGUGAAGGCUCACUAUCCUGAAGUGGACGUAACGACGGUCACAUUCGGCGAGCAAGAAGAAGGGGUGGAGGAGGACGGUGAAAGUCUUUCUACUGACUUCCAACCUCUGAUCAAGUUGAGGUGGGAGCGUGAUGCAGAGGGACGCACUAUCUUUCCUCCAACCUUUGAUGCUGAGCUUGUGGCGAUGGAGGAAGAGGAAGAAGUGCAAGAUGCUGGAGUUGGGAACCAGGCAGAUCUGACCGAAGUCCAGCCUCCCGAAGUUCAUCCAGUUUCCUCAGAUGAAGUGCAGCCAGCUCCUCUUGUAGCAGAAGUGCCACCUCUACCAUCUAGGGAUCAGCCACCUCCACCUCCACCUCCUCCUCCUGCUGAGGAGCAACCUCCUUCCUCAGCAGAAUAGCUUAGGAUUUUGUACUUUUUUUUAUUUUUUUUUUAGUUGUGUUUGUAAUGAACAACAAUUUUGUAAUUAGCUUCUUAUUGAUUUAUAAAAAUUUUUGAAGUUA